AGAGGCGUUCACAGCUAACAAACAGUAAUUACUACACAGGGAGAUGAAGGUCACACAUUUGAUGAUGCCACAGUAAUGUCUGCUGGUGUCUGUGACAGGAAGCUGCAUGUGAUUCCUGCUGACAGCUUCCUGUUGAACUUUGCGUCUCACAUGAGGAACCCUGAUGGAACCUGGAAGACGCCUCCUCCUCCGUACGCGCCCAUCCAGACGGCAGUGUCGCUUCAGCGAACGCUUGCUUGCCAACCGCAACUCUAACCAAGAUGGAGGAUCAGGAGGAGGAGGCUGGAGCACAAGUCUUCUCAUAGCAGCCGCUGCUAUUGGUGCUUAUACAGGAUUAACUUCAGCAUAUGAGAAUAUAGUCUUGGUGUCUUUCCUGGCAGUGAAGAAUCACAAGGAGAUGAGGAGGAGGAGAGAGCUGGAGCUGCAGAGGAUGAACAAAAAUAUAGACGUGCUGGAGAGACUCCUGGAAAUUAGACAAGAAGUCUUCUGCAGCUUCAUCAUUCCAAAGUUUUUCCGGGAGCAGCUGGAGGAAGAGAUCAUGCACACAGCAGACACUUUGGUGUUGGAGCGCGAUGUCAGGAAAGAUUUGGAAGAAAUCUUUCGUGUGGAUGACAACUGUGCUUCUGAUUUUCUGAGCGUAGUAACCGGAAUUGAAAUGAGUCACGGGAAACAAAUGUGGGAAAAAACAGGAGAAUGGAGGCGAGAUCUUAGGAAGACCAUUCAAGAGGAAGGCUUUGAAAACCUUCUUCAAGAUUUAUAGAGGUGCUUAAAUGUUCAGCUGCAGCUUGAAAGGAACUUCGCCACAAAACUCACAACGUAACUUUUUGGGUGUUUGGUUAAAAAUUAUCUAUAGUUAUAUGUUAUAAAGCUCUUUUUGUUGCUUUUAUUUCCCAUAUCCCUAAUUCAGUUUGGUGGCUGUCAGUUCAAUUCCUAUUAGAAUCAAAUUACAUGUUUCCUGUCGUUUUAGUUUUUGCAAUAACAUAUUGGAAAAAGUAACCGCUAAGAUCUUACACUAUGUGACAUGGAAGCAACUUGAUAAAAAUACAUAUUUUGUAACCUAAAACCUGAAAAUAAACCUGAUUAUCAGUGGUGCUACAAUGAAGCUAAUCACAUCUGAGCCCCUUAAAUACUUGGAUAUGUUAAUGUAAAGCUCUGUGACCUCAGUAAUAGUCUUUUCUUUGUGGCAUGUGGUUGUGGGUGAGGGGGCUUACAGCAGAUGGGCAGGUUUUAGGGCCUGUGAGGGGUUUGAGUCUCCAAUCAAGGCAACAAUAGGACAGCUGAGAAAAGCUCCAGCUGCUGUUCAGAAAGUGAGACCCAGCAACAGACAACAGAUGUGCUGCUGUUGUGGAAAAGAACAAUGUUGUGCUGUUAUGAAGAUUUAUUCAGCUUAAAAACUGGGGCAUAUGUAGAUGUGUGUGAAAUAACAAUAAAAAUCUAUCUAAAAAAA